AUGCUCUCUGAUGAACCCGCGACGCAGCCGCGCCUUCCGAUGCUCAUUCUAGUCUCCAAAUAUCUGCCUUGGAGAAUUCAUGUUUUCCCGCAGGGAGACUACGUCACUGUGCGAGACCUGACGACGACCUUAUAUACCGCAUUGCGCGUGCUUGUCACCCCGGAGGAAAUGAAGCUCGUAAAGGGCGGUACGAGUGUACAGCAGGCCUUCGCUAGACGCGUCCGGGGUAAAGGGCGUGAAGAGGCCCGGAAGGGGGUAAGGCGGGUGGAUUUUUUGCUGAAAAAUCCCAGGUUUGUUGGGAUCGCAGAGACAGAUGACCCAAAGGUGUGGAGAAUCUGUCUUGCACCAGCAUAA